GAAGCGAGCGGACGGACUGGAGAAGUGUGCGCAGCAGAGGACCAAAACAAACCCGAGCACCUCGCCUCUCCUCCGGGAUCCCCGCUGCCCACCGCACCGCUGUCAUCAUGGAAGCCGGAGCCACCCCACUCCGGUGCUUCAGGGACUGUCACCCCGAGGAGAAGUUUGUGGACGACGGCGUGGAGACGGUGACUUCUGUGGAGCAGAAAAAAGUGGAACGCAGCAUCGAAGAAGUCAUCAAUGUUUACAAACAGAUUCACAAUUUACCCGAGCCCACCUUAUUGCGAGAGCAGCACUACCAGUAUCUGAAGAAGGGCUUACGGCACCUAUCGGACGCUUAUGAGUGCCUGGACGCGAGCCGGCCUUGGCUGUGCUUCUGGAUCCUCCACAGUCUGGAGCUGCUGGAGGAGCCCAUCCCCUCCACUGUGGCCUCUGAUGUAUGUCACUUCCUGUCCCGCUGUCAGUGUCCGAGCGGCGGUUUCUCUGGAGGUCCGGGUCAACACGCUCACCUGGCACCCACCUACGCUGCUGUCAACGCCCUGUGCAUCAUCGGGACAGACGAGGCCUACAACAUCAUAGACAGGGAAAAGCUCUUAGAUUUCCUAUGGUCAGUGAAGCAGCCAGAUGGCUCAUUUGUGAUGCAUAUCGGAGGAGAGGUGGAUGUCAGGAGUGCUUACUGUGCGGCAGCUGUAGCGUCGCUCACAAACAUCAUCACGCCAAAGCUGUUCGAGAACACGCCCAACUGGAUACUCAGGUGUCAAAACUGGGAGGGCGGGCUGAGCGGAGUGCCCGGUCUGGAGGCUCACGGGGGCUACACUUUCUGCGGCACGGCGGCCAUGGUCAUACUGGACAAGGAGCACAUGCUGGACCUCAAGGCUCUGCUGCGGUGGGUGGUGAGCAGACAGAUGCGCUUCGAGGGGGGAUUCCAGGGCCGCUGCAACAAACUGGUGGACGGCUGUUACUCGUUCUGGCAGGCGGGGCUCCUCCCUCUGCUGCACCGGGCCUUCUGCAAAGAGGGUGAGUCUGCGCUCAGUGAGCAGAGGUGGAUGUUUGAGCAGCAGGCCCUGCAGGAGUACAUCCUCCUGUGCUGCCAGAACCCCUCAGGAGGCCUGCUGGACAAGCCGGGCAAAGCCAGAGACUUCUACCACACGUGUUACUGCCUGAGCGGACUGUCCAUAGCACAGCACUUUGGGAACCUGCUGUCCCACCACGAGCUCAUCCUGGGCAAAGAGGACAACAGACUGGCACCGACCCAUCCAGUCUACAACAUGUGCCCCGACAAGGUUGCCCAGGCGCUCCACUACUUUCUCAAACUACCCGUCCCGUCGGAUAACAGACCGUCAGGCACCUCCCCCCCCUCCUCGUCCUCCCCUCCCUCCCCCCUCAGCCAGAGCAACCGGAGUCCUAGUGCCUGUGUACCGAACGGACUCCCUAGAGCGACCGCAAGCGGGGUCGGAGGCACGGAAAUCAGGAAAUCCCAACGGCUGGAGCUUCUGCGCGCUGGAGAAGUGGGCAGCUCGGAUCGAAAUGUCUCAUGUUUUUUUUUGCUGCAGUCAUGUCAAAAGUGUGUCCAAGGGUUUGAUAAUGAACCUAGCAAAUAAAGCGCUUUAGUACUUUUUA